UCGCGCCCGCCGCUCUGAGACGGCGUUUCACYGCAUGGCAGCCACGGUGUGAAGAUGGCAGCCGAGGCGUCCGGCGUCUCCGAGGAGGCCCUGGUGCCUUCAUCACCGGGCUCGUCCCUGCAGCGCUUGGGCGACUCUGAUAAGCUGAGCAGGUCCAACCCCUGGGCCAGAAAGAGGAGGAAAAGCCAUUUUUCGGAGCUGUGCCGGAGUCAGGCAUCUCUGUCCGGAGACAAAUGGAGCUCUUACUGCUUGUCUUCACUGGCGGCUCAUAACAUUCGUACCAGCAAAAUCUCAAACUCCUGGGCUCAGUGGGAUUCGGCCUCUCUCUCCAGCUCCCUUUGCAGUCCUGCCUCUGUGUCCUUUCUGCAUCCCCUUGCCGGGGAGGAAUCCAGCCAACAACUUGCAGGCGCCGCACGCAAUCCCAGCAAAGCCAUCUUCACCGUGGAUGUCAACACCACAGAGAUUCUCGUGGCCAACGACAAAGCCUGCAAUCUACUUGGAUGCAGCAGUCAGGAACUCAUUGGUCAGAAACUGUCCCACCUGAUUUCAAAAUCCAGUCAAGACAUAGUGGAAACCCUGGGUGAGGAGUACAUAGAAGCUGAUGGAUGUAAAUCCAUGGUUUCAGGAACUGUGGUGGAUAUUCUAGGCCGUUCCAAAGAGAAGAUCCCAGUCUCCGUGUGGCUGAGGCGAAUGAAGAGCGAGGACAACCAGCGCUGUGUGGUUGUGCUGGAACCAGUGGAAAGGCUCUCGGCUUCUGUUUCCUUCAGGGCUGACGGCGAGAUUACAUCAUGUGACCUUCUUUUUGCCUAUCUCCAUGGCUACCCAUCAUUGGAAGAAGUAAUUGGGCUCAACCUAAAAGACCUGAUUCCUUCUGUGCAGAUCCCCGCUCUGGGCAAAAGUAUCCCAAAGAACCUCAGGAUCCAGAGAUCUGUAGGUCGAACCAGAGAGGGGAACACCUUUCCUCUCAGCAUAAAGCUGCACACUAGCCUUCCAGAAGACGACAAAGCUGAACUGCAGAAAGACAACRUUUCAUGGACAGAAAAACAAGGCUACUUCACAGACUGUCAUUAUUCUGCCACAGUCAGGGUGUUUUCCACCAUCAGUGGCAUUAUUACACUCCAGCCAGACGGAACCAUCCAUGGCAUCCAGAACAGUUUCGCYCUAAUGCUGUUUGGCUAUGAGAAGGAAGAGCUGUUGGGAAAGAACAUUACGUUCCUGAUCCCUGGUUUCUAUAAGAGCAUGGACAAAUGCAGGGACCGCUCCUUGCCACUACCUCCCUUUGAGGACUCAAUGGGGACAGAAAAUGCAGGUAUCUCUGGAGGAGUCGCUGCUUGCAGUACAACCGCCCCUGGUGGCUCCAACAAAGGAAUCAGUCAUUUGGCUUCWUCUUCAACAAGCCUUCUGGCACGAGAUGAGGCACAGAUACCAGGGCAAAGACACAGAGAAGACAGGAUGGUAAAUACAGGGAGCAAGAGAAAGAGUGGGAGCAGUUUCUCACCUACUCCUUCCUCUCCUGAAGUCUCAUCCACAACUGCUAGAAGGCUAGAAGACGUGUCCACUGCUCYGUCCGAUAGCUUGGCUAAGCCUUCUUCUGUGACUGGUACCUCAUCCGGACCAGCAACAGUCGAUGAACUGCGGUCUGYGGCAGCAUCUCGCUGCCUGCGAGACCUUCAGAGGUACAGGAUUAAACAGCAGCCUUCGAAAAUCAGCCUGGCAUUUGCCCUGGGAGCUGAAACAACCCUUGAGGAUGUUAAAGAGUCAGACACUGWGCUCAACUGCCUUUGCUCUGGCCUYGAGGAUCUGGAUCUGAAUCUUGGUGCGGAGGGGAACUCAGCUGACUCUUCAGGCACCGCUGCGGCUCCUGUGGGAGCGUCCUCUGAUGCAGAGGAUUGCGCUGUGGCUGAAACACUACUUCCAGACAGUGCUUUCUCUGGGCAGAAAAAGCAAACUGUGCCAGUACGAGUAACAUCUACGCCCGUGAAACAAGAAGGACGUCCGAAUCCUUUGAGCUCGGAGAUACUGGAGGGCAUCUACUUUGGGAGCUGCUAUCACAGAGAUGGUUCUCGACUGACGAUACUUUUUGAAGUGAAACACGUGGAACUGCAGGACCCUGCUGCACUCUUCUGCGUCUGGGUGGUCAAAGACUUUAUACCGAGCCAGCAAGAAACAACACCAAAGACUCAGCUCUGCUUCUCCAGCCUCGCGAGCUCCAUCCAGUCCGUAACAGAUUUUUCCACACACAGUCUCACAGAAAGGAUCAGAUCAACUCCWUUUUCAGAUAGCUCCCGAGCUGCUGAAGAGCUUGAAAGGCUACAGGCUUGUGAGGGAGAAUAUGCAAGAAAAUACGACACGCUGAGUCCCAUCGGCAAAGGGUCUUUUGGCUUUGUCUGGACUGCCAGGUGCAAGGCAGAUCAACAAGAGGUUGUGGUGAAGUUCAUCUGGAAGGAGAGGGUGUUUGAGGACUGCUGGGUAGAUGACCCUGACCUGGGGCGAGUGACUCAAGAGAUUGCAAUCCUGUCGAAGGUGCAGCACCCCAAUAUCAUUAAGGUUCUGGAUGUAUUUGAAAAUGAACAGUUCUUCCAGCUGGUGAUGGAGAAGCAUGGAUCUGGUCUGGAUCUCUUUGCGUUCAUUGAUAAUCAGCCUGACUUGGAUGAGCCCUUAGCAAGCUAUCUGUUCAGACAGCUUGUGUCAGCUGUGGGCUACCUCCACUGCAGAAACAUCCUUCACAGGGACAUCAAGGAUGAAAAUAUUGUCAUUGCUGAAGACUUCACCAUUAAGCUCGUGGAUUUUGGUUCAGCCGCCUACCUGGAACCGGGCAAAUUGUUUUAUACCUUCUGCGGGACCAUUGAAUACUGCUCACCAGAAGUGCUCUCUGGCAAACCGUACCAAGGGCCUGAGCUGGAGAUGUGGUCACUUGGUGUCACCCUUUAUACCCUCAUAUUUGGAGAGAAUCCCUUCUGUGAGCUGGAGGAGGCCAUGGCCGCUGUCCUGAAUCCCCCCAGGGUCGUGUCAGAAGGUCUCGUGAGGCUGAUUGCAGGGCUGCUGCACCCCGUGCCGCAGCAGCGCACGACUCUAGCCAAGCUCUUGGAGGACCCGUGGCUGAAGCAGCCGGUGAACGUGGCCGAUUACAGCUGGGAAGAGGUGUACGUCUCCGCCGAGGCAGAGCGCAGCGGCUUCAGAGAUGGUUCCAGCGAGGGCACAAGCAGAGAGAGCCUCCUCCUUGCAGCCCCCGGCGUGGAGGCCGAGCCCUGCUCCAGCUCCGCCGAGCGCAGGUGGACGGAUCCCGCCAGGGAGGGCCCCGCCGCUGCCGAGGGCCAGGACUCGGCUCGUGGGCAUCGCCGCAAGCUUUCCCUGCAGUAG